UGAUAAACUAUGUACGAAAAUUGUAUCUAUAUAAUUAAUUACGAAAAUUGGGAACUAUCUACUUAGGUUAACAUUUUACAAGGAAUCUUGAUCCUGAUUAUAUAACUUGAAAGUUAUCAAUCGCAAAACAUAAAAAAUAUCCCUUGGACUCUAGCAUUUUAUUGUAAAUAGUAAUUACCAAAAAAUGUGUAACAACUCAAAAGAAGACGAUCUUGUCGAAAAAUGGGGAUUACCUUUAAAAGAACUUUAUAGCCUUGCACUGAAAUUUUUUAAAGAAAAAGAAGGUAAAGCUAUUCAUUUCACAUAUGAUGAUAAACUUAAACUUGUUGCUUAUACAAGACAAGUAAGUCAUGGGAAAUUGGAUGAAUCAAAAUUACCACCAUUGGGUGUAUUCGAUGUCAUAGGAAGAGAUAGAAGAUUGGCUUGGCAAGCACUAGGUGAUAUGUCAACUGAAAACUCUAUGAUAAAUUUUGUGAAAUUGGUCAAUAAAGAAUGUGCUUUAUUUAAACAUACUAUUGAAGCUUACAAAGCAGAUUUAAUUGAACAAAAAAGAAUUAUGGAAGAAAAAAUUAAAAAAGAACAAGAAGAACUAGAAAAACAGUUUGCUCUUAUGGACUUAAAACAAAAAGAAGAAGAAGAAAGGCAAAGACAGGAAAAUACAAAACAGCUUAUUCAAGAAGCUUUAAAUAAACAAACUUAUAGUCAAUUUUUAACUUAUGCUCAAAAUCAAUUUCCAAGUAAUCCAGAUGAACAAGCUAUUCUUGUAAGACAACUUCAAGAACAGCAUUAUCAUCAAUACAUGCAACAGUUGCAACAAAAUUAUGAACCUGGAAAAGAGAUUGAAGUUGCAAAUGCUAUUUCUGCUCCUGUUGAAAAGGAAAAUGAAAAUGAGAGUGCAUGUAGUGAGAAGUGUGAAAAUGGACAAUGUCUAUCUGGAGAAUGUUCAGUUCAAACAUUAUAUCCUGCAUCAAUGUGGACUAGAAAAGACAUUGAUGUUUUUAAAUCUAAUCUAUUAAGAGAAGGAGGAGAAGCAGUUAUAAAAAUUAAUCACGGUGAAACAGUUACUGUCAGAGUUCCUACAGCUGAAGGGGGUAAUUGUGUGUUUUGGGAAUUUGCUACUGAUGACCAUGAUAUUGGGUUUGGAGUUUACUUUGAAUGGAUUAAACCUAAUACUAGUCAAGUUUCAGUUCAUGUCUCAGAAAGUGAAGAUGAUGAUUAUGAUGAUUUGGAUGAUGAUGAAGAAAAUAUUAAUCCAGAAUUACUUCAUGAAAUGGAACAAAAUGGAGUUACAAUAAAAGAUUUGAAAAAGAGUAGUUUAGUGGAUCGCCCGCCAUUAUCAAUUAUUAUACCAGUCUAUCGACGAGAUUGUCAUAAAGAAGUGUAUGCUGGAAGCCAUUUAUAUCCUGGUGAAGGAGUUUAUUUACUAAAAUUUGAUAAUUCUUAUAGUCUUUGGCGGUCAAAAACAUUAUAUUACAGAAUAUAUUAUUCUCAGUAAUCUAUAUAAAUAUUUAUUUUAAAUGUUCUACCAUUAUGUAAUUUUCUCUACAAUUUAUUUUAAGUUAUUUUGUUUGUGUUAUAUAUCCUAAUAUUUAUUUUAUUAUUAAUAUGUACAAGUUUAUUUAUCUACUAUGUAGAUAGCUAUUAUUAUUUUAAAAAUAUUUUUAUAAUAUUUGCUUCAGUUAACUAUGUUUUUAAAAAAUAUAUA